UGUAUGGACUUGAGCAGUCUCCGAGGUAGUGGUACAAGAGAUUUGACAGUUACAUGCUUUAGCUGGGCUAUAGCAGAAGUACAUAUGAUUGUUGUGUGUAUCACAACAAGGUGGAGGAUGGUUCGAUGAUCUGUCUUGUUCUGUAUGUGGAUGAUAUGCUCAUAGCUGCGAGGUCGAAGUCUGAUUUCCAGAAGUUAAAGGGGCUUCUCAGUGCGAGUUUGAGAUGAAGGAUUUGGGAGCUGCUAAGAAGAUCUUGGGUAUGGAGAUUUACAUGGUAAGGUCAAAGAAGAAGCUUUUCUUGUCACGGAAGAGUUACAUCCAGAAGAUACUAUCGAGGUUUGACAUGUCUUCAGCAAAGCCCUUAAAUACUCCUAGUGCUUCAAAUGUUCAUCUAUCCUCGGCUUAUGCACCGCAGUCAGAGGCUGAGAAGGAGUACAUGUCGAGAGUGCCAUAUGCUAGUGCAGUAGGUAACUUGGUGUACGCUAUGGUAUGCACUAGACCUGAUCUUGCACAUGUUGUUACUGUUGUCAGCAGGUUCAUGAUACAACCUGGGAAGGAGCAUUGGCAGGCUGUGAAGAGAAUCUUCCAGUACCUUAAGGGUACACCUGAUAUGGGGAUUAGCUUCGGAAGUGAUACAGAGUGCUUGGUGUCUGGGUAUUCUGACUCGGACUAUGCUGGAGAUUUUGACACGAGGAGAUCGAUGUCCGGUUAUGUAUUCACUCUUGGGAGUUCUGUAGUGAGCUGGAAGGCAACUCUGCAGUCGGCGGUGACAUUGUCUACUACUGAGGCAGAGUAGAUGGUGUUGAUAGAAGCUGCUAAGAAAGGAAUAUGGUUGAAGGGACUGGUUGGUGAUCUGGGUCUACAUAAUGACCAGGCAGUGGUGUAUUGCGAUAGUUUGAGUGCAAUAUGCUUGGCCAAGGAUCAAGUCCACCAUGAGAGGACUAAGCACAUCGACGUGAGGUAUAAUUUCUUGAGGACAGAGAGGAGAAUUAAGGUGAAGAAGGUUGGCACCGCGGAUAAUCCUGCUGAUAUGUUCACGAAGCCGGUUCCACAUGGCAAGUUCCAACACUGCUUGGACUUGCUGAAUGUCUUGAGUGGUUGACUCCACCCUGCGGGGCAUUGAUGGCGGGAGAGAGAGAAGGAGCAGAGGACAUCAUAGAUUUCAGAGGAAGAGGAUUCAAGUCAAGGUGGAGAUUUUUUUAUGUGACUUGAAUCGGACUAUCAGCCGCUACGACUGGUAGUCGGGGGUCUCGCUGUUGGCGUUAGAGUUGAUAUGCAAAUUGUUGAUGUGACUUGAAUCGGACUAUCAGCCGCGGUGUAUGGGCUCAAUGUUAUUUGGGUUCGGGUUCUGGGCCUGGUUUGUAACUGUUUCCUUUGCCAUAUUGGAUUAGGUUUAGACCCACAUGGAGAAGUACUAUAAAUACUUCUCAUACUCCUCUGUGAUUUGUAAUCUCCUCGAUAUAGUGUAACUGGCUUUCUCUCGCCCGUGGACUAGCUAACACACAUCGUAUUAGUGAACCACGUAAAUCGUGUGUCUGUGUUUUUCGAUUCUCGUUUUCGUAUUCUUGCUUUAUCGAUUCCGGCGAUUUCCCGAUCUGUAACAGCGCGUUUAUAACACAAAUAUUAAAAUUGAUGCAAUAAUUUAGUGUCAUUCCCAUAAUUUAGAAUCUUUUAAAUUCUUCAAUUUCUACGGUUUGGAUUCCUAAACUUGUCUAUGACUUGUGAGUUUUGCUAUUGUGGAACUAAUUAAAUUUUCAUUUUAUGAUUGUCAACUUUAUGCAUUAGAAUUUGGUUUACUAAAAAAAGGUCGUUAAAUUAAAUUAUAUACUCGAGUAGCUACCUUUCUAAAUAAGAAAACUGAAAUCUAAUCAGAUAAUACACAACAACAACAAAAACUUAUGUUGUUACGUUUUACGUCUCUUUGAUCAUGUUUUCGCGUCUACAUAGAUAUACGCAUUUGACUGCUGUGAUAAUACGAGUGGUAUGGAAACUCCUCAAACUCAUAUUCCUUUGUGAAUUGCCCGAAAGAAGAAAAAAAAUAUAUAAACAAGGAAUCAAAUUACUUGACACUAGACGAUCCCAAAAAAAAAAAAAAUGACAAUAGUUAAUUAGUGGCAAAAUCAUAUUUGAAAACAAGCAAGCAUUCAGUAUACGAAAAGAAAACCAGGUGCUAUGCACAUUUGUAUAAAGAUUUCAGUGCAUGAACCAAAGAUAAAUUAAGAGUUCGAUU